GUCACUUCUUCCACAUGCCUGAUGAACAAUACCUGAAGCUCCAAGGAAUGUGGAUGUUACUCUUGCGCACCAUUUCGACUGAAGAAGAAGAUGUUGCAUGGUUUGGUGUGAAUGGUGUUCCCAUCCGCUAUUCUAUGAGGGAGCAUGCCCUCAUCUCGGGCUUAGACUGCCAUGAGUAUCCGAGGAAAUAUUUGAAGCUUGGGAGUACGAAGUUUGUGGAUUAUUACUUCGGUGGACUAAAGAAGAUCACCAUAGCAGAUGUGGAGCACAAGCUGUUGUCUAUGAAGACGCCAUGCAAUGAUAGAUUGAAGAUGGCUGUCUUGUUCUUCCUUGGUCGGGUUAUCAGAGGACAGACAAAGGAUUGCGGACCAGUAGACCCGUUCAUCUUAAGGAUCGUGGAAGAUUUGGAUGUUUGCAGAACAUUUCCAUGGGGUCGUUUGACAUUUGAAGAUGCAAUAAAGAACAUCAAGCAUAUGAUGGAGCUUCUGAAGGGUGAAGUGCACUCGGCAUGCGGCUUUCCUGGAUUCAUAAUUCCAUUAGAGGUAAAGCAUACAAUUUAGUCAAAUAUGAGUUGUUUUAUAACCGUAAAUCUGAUAGCGCUACUAUAUUUGUGUAGAUUUUGGCUUUUGAAUGUAUUCCUAAGCUGGGGAAAACAUUUCGACUAUCUACAGACACACCUUCUGAAGAUUGUCCUAGGAUGUGCAAGAGCCGGUUUACAAAGAGUAGCAUGAAGGGCUAUCCUUUGGAAGAUAUAUAUGCUGCACUUGGACACACAAAGGUUAUUAACAGUGUGUUGGUGCCAACUGUGGGUGAGGAAAUCAUGCUGGCUCGUAUAAUUGAUGAGGAGCGAGAGUAUCAUUGUGAGGGAAGCACAAGUGAUACUUGGAACCACUGGCUAAAUGUGAAGCAGAAGAAGAUAUUUUGGAAAGAGCUAUACGACUUAGAUGUUGCUGCACGAGUGUUUAAGAAGAAGAAGGACAAAGAAAAGGUGACGUUUUUAGAAGAUUCGUCUUCUAAAUUUGGGUUGGAGAGCUUGAAAGCUCUGGAAGAAAAGAUUUUGGGGGCCAUGAGUGAAGGGUUUUCUGGUCUUAAAUCAGUGGUGGAGGCAAAGCUGGGUGAUAUGGAUGUGAGGAUGAGUAAAUUAGAAAAGAACCAGCGACAACUUAAAAGAAGGGCUAAGAAAAUAGAAGAAAAGCUGACUUCUAUUGAGAGCAACAAAAAUGAGGAGAGGAACUAUGGUGAAGAUAUGGAUUUUGGAUGGGAUGAUAGAGAUUAUGGUAGAGCUGAAGGGAAGGAAAACAGUGAGAAGGCUAAGGAAGACAAGGAAAACAGUGAGUCUGGCGAGGAAAAGGAUGUGGUCUCGGGUGGGGAAAACAGUAAGGAUGGUGAGAAAGACAAGGGAAAUGUAGAGGAAGAAGAAGAGAAGGAGAACGAGGCUGAUAAAACAGAGCUGGGAACUAGAGAAAAAGAUGAGGUCUCUGAAGAAGAUUACGAUACUGAGGAAGAGGCUGAGAAGAGGAGAGUAGAGGCGGAUGCGUUAUGGAAGAGUAUUCUUUCUGAAGAGACUGAGUAUCUAGAGAAAGAGGCUGAUAAAGUUGCCAAGGGAACUCCUACACCACCACGUGGUAGACCGAAGAGAUUGGCCGCGAGAAAAAUAGUACUUACACCACCAGAGGAGUUUUUAAGAGGACCAACGGUAACUGCGCCAUCACCUAUCGAGACUGAAAAAGAGGCUGAGACAGUUGUCGAGGAAGAGGGUGAGGAGAUGACAGUUGAAGCCGAAGAAAGUGACGAGGAGAGUCUCACAGAAAAAAAUGCUGAAGAAAUGGUGGAGGAAGAAGAAGAUGUGGAGGAGAGUCCCACCGAGAAAAUAGCCGAAGAAAUGGUGGAGGAAGAAGAAGGUGUGGAGGAGAGUCCCACCGAAAAAAUUGCUGAAGAAAUGGUGGAGAAAGAAGAAGGUGUGGAGGAGAGUCCCACCGAAAAAAUUGCUGAAGAAAUGGUGGAGAAAGAAGAAGCUGUGGAGGAGAGUCCCACCGAAAAAAAUGCUGAAGAAAUGGUGGAAGAAGAAGCUGAGGAAGCAGAGGAAGCAGAGGAAGCAGAGGAAGCUAUGGAAGCAGAGGAAGCUGAGGAAGCAGAGGAAGAGGCGGAUAAAGUGGUUGAGAAAGAGGCUGAGACAGUUGUCGAGGAAGAGGGUGAUAAAUACACUGAUGAAGAAAAGCAAAUGUGGGCCUUGGUCGUUUACAAGGCUAGUGAGGAGAUGGCGGAUGGGACCACUGAGGUGAGGAGAGAUGGAACCAAUGAGGUGAGGACAGGGUUCAAGCUUAGGUGCAAACAGAAGAUAAUGAUGUAUGGCAAACCAAGGGGGAAGAAAAAACCUCAGCGGCCCCAGAGUCAAGAAUCAGCACCUGUGAUUGCACGUACGCCAAGGGAGAAGAGAAAACCUCAGCGGCUGCAGAGUCCCUACACGCAGGUGAAGACAGAAGACAUUGACGGGCCUAAGAAGAAGCGUAAAACAAAGGUUAAGUAGGCGUCUGAAAAUUAUUUAUGUAUUUGAAGUCUUUAAAACUUGGUAGGAUGCUUUUGGAUGUAAUAUGCUUUUGGGUGUUUAAACUUGGUUGUGGUAUGCUUUUGGAUGUUUAAACUUGGUUGUAUAAUGUGUUUUGGAUGUUAAAAAACAGGUUUGGAAACUGUUUUCAAGUUAGGCUAUGUCCAAAAAUGAUUCAGAUGGAUAACUGGUCUUACUACUAGGUUUACUAAGGCCAAAAACGUGUUAAUAAAUGUACUCAUGUAAAACGUGCAACCGGUAUAUACAUAAAUAUAUUCAUAGCACAUGUUAAUAAAUGUACUCAUGUAAAACGUGCAAUCGGUAUAUACAUAAAUAUAAUAUUCAAAUUACACUUAGUUAUUCUUGGUAUUCUUCAAGGAGUUAGUAAUACUACCUUACACAUAGUAAUUCUUUGGCAAUUUUUAGGUUUUUCUAGUUAAACCCGUAGAAUAUGAAAUUUUUUUUAGUAAAACCAAUGAUUUUACACUAUGAUUAUCAUCAAAGAAAACAUUUGCAGCAGAAUUUUUCGAGGAAUAUGUAUUUUGUUAGAUUUUUCUAGCUAUAGUCUAACCAUUCACACACUAACAAUGUAAGUUAAGGACAUUUUUUAGAAAACUGAAUAGGUUUUUCUUAAACUAUUGAAAAUAAUAAUCAAAAUAGUUUUAAUAUAUAUAUUUAUCAAAUAUAUAGUCUACGAAUUGAUAAUACUCAUGAAAAAUAUAAGGGUUCUAUAUACUAAACAUAAAUACUCGUACUAAUAUAUAUGUAGUCCAAAUCACACAUAGUAAUUCCAGAAAAUCUAGUAUUCCAAAUAACAUAUAGUAAUUUCAGAAAAUCUAGUAGUCCAAAUAAAACAUAGUAAACUCAGUAAUCUCAGUAAUCCAAACAAGACAUAGUAAGCUCAGUAAAC